CUGGAUGGUGAAGCUGUACCGUCACGUCGGCAGGGUGUAGGUCGUAACAUUUUGUUCUUCUCAUUAAAUCGGAUUUAAACUGAAGCCGAGGGUUUUUCUUUUUCAACCGUGCGUGGAAAAGAACCGCUAAAGGUUGCAGUUAAAUCACCGGACACCGCAAAUCUGAAGCUUAAUAACGAACUGGAAGUGUUUAAGUGUGGAAGAAAGAGGGCUCGUUGCAUUCGGCUUCGGAUCUGUGUACGAGUCUGGGCAACAUUAUCAAGAUCACAGCUGCAGGCCAUUUACUGAUGGGUACAUACUGCGAGGCAACACACCAAGAGAGCUGUAAAUUAUUCGCAAGAGACGGGAACUGUGAAAGAAUGAAGACGAGCUAGAUACUAUUGUCCCAGUAAAAUCAUAAAUUGUAGCUUUGUCAGACCAACAGCCAUUUCAGUCAGCAAAUGAGUAGCUGGAGUAAAAGUUUACUCAGAAAAAAACCCUGAAAAAUAACUUUACCAGUUCAGGCUCAUCUUCAUAAGAGAAUAUUAAAUACACAAACAUGAGUGCUGAAGGAUAUCAGUACAGAGCACUUUAUGAUUAUAAAAAAGAGAGGGAGGAGGACAUUGAUCUGCAUGUUGGGGAUAUACUGUUGGUAAGCAAAGGAGCUCUGGUGGCUCUUGGCGUCACCGAUGGCCUGGAACAGCGGCCGGAUGAGAUCGGCUGGCUGCCAGGCUUUAACGAGACCACUCAGGAAAAAGGGGACUUCCCUGGAACCUAUGUCGAGUACAUUGGGAAGAAGUGGAUCACUCCCCCUACACCCAAGCCAAGGCCCCUGAGACCCUUACCUGUAGCUCCAGCCUCACCCUUCAAGUCAGAGAUGGACUCAGACUCAGAACAAGGUUUCUGCCUGCCAGACUUGACGGAGCAGUUUUCCCUUCCUGAGACCGCUCCACCCAUGCUGACCAGACUUCUGGAAGUGAUUGAGAGGAAAGGUCUGGAUAACCCCACUCUAUAUCGAACAUUCACUGCUGGUGCUGGGCUUGAAGUUAGACAGUAUUUUGAUUGUGACCCUCCAUCAGCAGACCUGGAUCAUCUGGAACUUCCAGUUCUGUGUGAUGGUCUGCGUAGGUACUUGCAGGAUCUCCCCCAGCCCAUCAUCCCUCCUGCAAUAUAUGUUCAGAUGGUUCACACUGCUAAAGAGGUGUUGAAUCCUGAUGAAUGUGCCCAGCUGCUACGUCACAUUGCCAGCACCCCAGUCCUGCCUCCCCAGUACUGGCUGACGCUCCACUGUCUGCUAAGGCAUUUCACUAGAGUGUGCCAGAACGGUUCCAAGAACCUGCUCAGUGCCAGAUCGUUAGGAGAGAUCUUCAGCCCUGUGUUUUUCAGACAACAGGCCCCCAGUUGUGAACCCAGUCUGGACGCUCACAUCAAGAUUAUUGAGGUUCUGGUGACCAGUGAGUGGAGUGACAGUCAAGCUGCUCCAGCUCUACCUCCAAAGCCACCCAAACCCACAUCUGUGAUUAACAACGGUAUGAACAACAACAUGGCUCUACAAGAUACUGAAUGGUACUGGGGAGACAUCUCAAGGGAAGAGGUCAAUGAGAAACUGAGGGACACUGCAGAUGGUACGUUUUUGGUGCGAGACGCCUCUACAAAAAUGCACGGAGACUACACUCUGACUUUGAGGAAAGGAGGAAACAACAAGCUUAUUAAGAUAUUCCAUCGGGAUGGCAAGUAUGGCUUCUCGGACCCACUAACCUUCAACUCUGUCGUGGAGCUCAUCAACCACUAUCGCAACGAGUCCCUGGCUCAGUACAACCCCAAGCUAGACGUCAAGCUGCUGUAUCCCGUGUCCAAACACCAGCAGGAUCAAGUGGUGAAAGAGGACAACAUUGAAGCUGUGGGAAGGAAGCUCUGUGAGUACCACCAGCAAUACCAAGAGAAGAACAAAGAGUACGACCGUCUCUAUGAAGAAUACACCAGAACGUCACAAGAAAUCCAAAUGAAACGGACAGCAAUAGAGGCUUUUAAUGAAACUAUAAAAAUAUUUGAAGAGCAAUGCCAAACACAAGAGCGCUACAGCAAGGAGUAUAUUGAGAAAUUCAGGAGAGAAGGCAACGAAAAGGAGAUUCAGAGGAUCAUGGGCAACUAUGAGAAGUUGAAAUCGAGGAUCAGUGAAAUAGUAGACAGCAAGCGCAGGCUGGAAGAAGACCUGAAGAAACAGGCAGCAGACUACCGAGAGAUUGACAAGAGGAUGAACAGCAUCAAGCCUGACCUCAUCCAGCUCCGCAAGACCAGAGACCAGUAUCUCAUGUGGCUGACACAGAAGGGAGUCAGGCAGAAAAAACUCAACGAGUGGCUGGGAAUCAAGAACGAGAACACAGAAGAUCAAUAUUCUAUGGUGGACGAUGAUGACCUUCCACAUCAUGAUGAGCGGACCUGGAAGCUGGGUAACAUCAAGCGACUAGAGGCGGAGACUAUCCUCCAGGGCAAGAGGGACGGAACAUUCCUGGUUCGAGACAGCAGCAAAGCAGGAUGCUACGCCUGCAGUGUUGUUGUGGACGGCGAGGUCAAACACUGCGUCAUCAACAAGACCCCCACAGGGUACGGCUUCGCCGAACCUUAUAACCUGUACAGCUCAUUAAAAGAACUCGUUCUUCACUACCAGCACACGUCUUUGGUCCAGCACAAUGACUCUCUGAAUGUGACACUAGCGUACCCUGUGUAUGCUCAGCAGAGACGAUGAGGACCUGGAUGUAUCCAUAUGGACAAUUAAGGCCCCACUGGGAGUUAGACAUGUUUCGACCACCAUGAUUAAAAUGAGGCCCUGAUGCCGGACUUGAAAUUGGAGGAAAAGAGACAGUGAAGCCUGAAACAUUUCAGUGACUUUGCCUAAACCAUGAGCCUGAGGCGAGUCUGAAUGUAGAUUUUUCUCUUUUGCUUUUUGUGGGAGCACAGAAUCGAGCGAACACUGCUGAACUCCCCCAGUGGAGGACAUUUGAGGCCUUCUCCUUUAUGGUGCUUUUUUUUUUUUUUUUCUUCUUUUUUCUUUUUUGAAAAGCUUUACCAGCCGGAUUGUCGAAUCGCAGCAGAAUAGAACUGUACUCACCGGCCACAACUUCUGUUUUUCCCACUUUAUUUUCCUAUCAUGUCUGUCUUUGUGUGUGUGUUUGUGUGUGUGAGAGAGAGAGAGACUGUCCAUGUGACCAAAUCUCAAGGAAACUGUAUGAUGUUUGGGGGGGCUGUGUAACACUUUGUUCGUAUUACUGUUCAGUAGCAGACCAUGGAUCAGCUGACAAAUGUAGCAAAAUGGCACUUUUUUUAAUUUUAAUUUUUUUUUUUUUUUGGUUAAAAAAAAACAAACUCCUACGAACUUUUAUUAGAAGAGCAGAAAGGACAGGUUGUUCAGAUUCUGCCUUCUUACUGAUGAGCAUUACAGUACAGAAGUAAACUUGAUUUGAACUGUGGGCAGGUGGAAACUAUGAAUGGACUAUUCUUUCAUGUACAUAUGUGAAAAUGUGCAGUCAUGAAUCAUACCAAAAAGGAUCUGUUCCUCUUUAGUUGUAUCCUGAUCUGCUAUGCAAUUUUUUCUCCAUUUUUAUUUCAGAAUUGUUUUAUUCUGUUGCAACCCACAAUAUAAGCUUGUUUUAUUGCUUGAAAAGUAUUUUUUGUUCCUGUGUAAAUAUCCAAGAGGAUAUUUUGUCAAAAUGCCAAGAUACAGUAAAAAUUGCUUAUGAUUUUUAAAGAUGAUAAUAAUAAUAGAAACAUACACUUUAUUAUAAAUUACUUUAACAACUGCUAUACAGAUGGAAAAGUAUUUUAUUAGUCUUUUUUUUUUUUUUUUUUUUUUGCUUCAAACUAAUGUUCUUCUCAGGCAGAGCCUUUUGAGUAUUUAAGCUGCUUCAGUCACAAGUACUAUUUCUGACAGAGCUAAGCCUACAUGCAGUUCUUUGUUAAAACAGACAAGGAAAGUCAGGCUGAUGGGAUUGUACGACCCUUAUCUACCAUCACAGAAACAACAGUAUAGAUUUAUUUUGUUAUAAAAUAUAUUUGUUCCCAUAUGAGAAUAUAUCAAAGCAGACUGGUGUUUUCAACUGGUGGAUAAUUACUGUUAAAGAUCAAUAUGCAUUGUACACUUUUACUAUUUUUCUGUAUCAGAAAAUUACUGUGUUUACAUGGGUGGAUCGGCUCAUUUCAGAUAGUAAUAUCAUUUCAAAAUCCCUAAAGGGGGGGGGGGGGAGAAAAAAACAAGGAGCCGUGCGCUCUCUUCCCACAUAUUAAGUUUAGCUUUUACAAGUCCACGGUAAAACUGUCAGACCACGUAAACUACGAUGUAAAAAAAAUAAAUAAA